AUGUCCUCGGGGCUGUGGGGUUUGUUAACCAUCUCCCAGUUCCUCCUCUGGGUUUGGCUGGGUGCGGGCGUAGCUUCCAUGCCUGUCCUGUCCUGCGUGAAGCUUCACUCUGAGCUUGCAUGUGGGCCAGACUCCUGGCUUCUGGGCCCUUCUGUGCAUCUUCUGCGCAGGAGGAACGGCUCAGGGGCUCUGCUUCGUGCUCUCCUGCGUAAACAAUGGCCUGAUGCGGGGGCAUCGUCCGUUUCUCCCCUGCUCAGGUUGCCAAGUGCGUGUGCCAACCCAGGAGUACACACGUGCAAGCACACAGAGACACAUGGCCGAGUUCACACAGACACAGAUGCGCACAGACACGUGUACUCACAAGCACGUGAGGUCACACAUACCUUGGUGCAUUUGCACAUGUGGCCCUUGCACGCAAACACACACACGUGCUUGCACACGCACACUGAAGCAUGGCCUCCGGUCUCCUGCUCGGCAUUUUCUCAUUAA